CUGCAGGAGCAAACGUCCAGGACCGCAUCAGCCAGGAUCCGCAUCAGCCAGGACCGGCGUCUACCAGGCUCGCUGCCCCCCCCCGCUGUCUUCUGCAGCCCCGUCGCUCGCCUCCAGCCCGGUCGAUCUGCUCCGAUCAAAGCAUCGCUUUCUGGCUUGGCCAUCUCCAGCCCGACCGUCGGACGUGCCAGCCAGCCAGCUCACCCGCCCGCCGUCUCGACUCAGCUCAUCCCUUCAUCUGGCCACAGACCAUCACUGGGCCAUCACUGGGCCAUCACUGGGCCAUCACUGGGCCAUCACUGGACCAUCGCUGGGCCAUCAAGCCGCUUCCAUCCAAACUCUACCCUCCGCACUAGCUGAGCCUAUUCUGCGCUCGCCCACUGGCCAUCCACCCCAUCCGCUCUUUUUUCUCGCCCCUCUGUCCCAGCAGCGCAUCACAGCGACCACAAGCAGCAGCAAUGGCCGACACCCCGUCUGCACAGCAAAACAGCGCCAGCGUCCUCUCCAUGCCCAACCUCAGCGACCUCGAGACUGCAGAUCUUGGCAGCUCCGAGCACUCUCCGAUCAGCGGCGACGCCCUUCCCGAGUCGCCCUAUCUCGACUCACCCGAGGAGCAGCCCUACUUCACUUAUUCGUACUAUACCGAGCGGCGCCACGAAUCGCAUGGCGCUCCAACACUAACACACCCGUGCCGCACCCAGGCGCCCACCGACUGGAGAAUGAAGGAGCGGCUAAAAACCGUCUCGGUCGCUCUGGUCAUCUGCCUCAACAUCGGCGUCGAUCCGCCGGACGUCGUCAAGACCAACCCAUGUGCCAAGAUGGAGUGCUGGGUCGACCCGUUCUCGCUCCCGCCGCCCAGGGCCCUCGAGAGCAUCGGCCGCAAUCUGCAGCAGCAGUAUGAGGUGUGGCAGCCCCGGUCGCGCUACCGUCUCUCUCUGGAUCCGUCUAUCGAGGAGACCAAGCGGCUCUGCCUCUCGCUCCGCCGCAACGCAAGGGAGGAGCGCAUCCUGUUCCACUACAACGGCCACGGUGUGCCCAAGCCCACCCCCGGCGGCGAAAUCUGGGUCUUCAACCGCAACUACACGCAGUAUAUCCCCAUAUCCAUAUACGACAUCCAGACCUGGCUGGGCUCGCCGUGCAUCUAUGUCUACGACUGCUCCAAUGCCGGAAACAUCCUGCAGUCCUUCAACCGGUUUGCCGAGCAGCGCGAUACCGAGGCUCUGCGGCAGGCCGAGGUCAACGGCGCUUCCAACAACGGUGCGCCCCCGACCCCGUACGUCCCGAUGCGCGACUGUAUCCAGCUGGCUGCCUGUGGCCCCAACGAGAUCCUGCCGAUGAAUCCCGAGUUGCCGGCCGACAUCUUCACCUGCUGUCUGACGACCCCCAUCGAGAUUGGCCUGCGCUGGUUCGUCUCCAACAACCCGCUCCUCACCAACAUCACCCCGGAUAUGAUCAUGAAGAUCCCCGGCCGCCUCAACGACCGCCGCACCCCCCUCGGUGAGCUCAACUGGAUCUUCACUGCCAUCACGGACACGAUCGCCUGGAUCGUGCUGCCGCACGAUCUGUUCAAGACCCUGUUCCGCCAGGACUUGAUGGUCGCGGCCAUGUUCCGCAACUUUUUGCUCGCCGAUCGCAUCAUGCGAUCCUACCACUGCACGCCCCAGUCGAGCCCCAGCCUGCCGCCGACGCACCAGCACCCCAUGUGGGAGGCCUGGGAUCUUGCUGCCGACAUGUGUCUCUCGCAGCUGCCUGACCUGCUCGCCCAAGAGGAGAACGGGACGGCGGUCGAGUACCAGAGCAGCACCUUCUUUGCCGACCAGCUGACGGCCUUUGAGGUCUGGCUCACCAAGGGCGCCAUCUCGCGCGAGCCCCCGGAGCAGCUGCCGAUUGUCCUGCAGGUGCUUCUCAGCCAGGCGCAUCGCUUGCGCGCCCUGAUGCUCCUGAGCAAGUUCCUUGACCUCGGUCCCUGGGCCGUCAACCUGGCCCUGUCCGUCGGCAUCUUCCCAUAUGUCCUGAAGCUGCUGCAGAGCCCCGCGGGCGAUCUCAAGUCGGUGCUGGUCUUCAUCUGGGCCAAGAUCCUCGCCGUCGACCGCUCCUGUCAGAACGACCUGCUCAAGGACAACGGCUUCACCUAUUUUUUGAGCAUCCUGGUCUCCCACACAGGCAUGCCCUUGAUCCCAAACAUCUCAGAGCACCGCGCCAUGUGCGCCUUUAUUCUCUCGGUCUUUUGCCACAACUUCCGCAGCGGCCAGCAGGCGUGUCUUCGCAGCGACUUGCUCCCGUCGCUCUCGCUGUACCUCGUCGACCCCGACCCGCUCCUUCGUCAGUGGUCGUGCAUUUGCCUCGGCAAGAUGUGGCAGGGCUAUUCCGAGGCCAAGCGCACGGCCGUGUCGGAGAACGUCCACGAGAAGCUGGCUCCACUUUUGCUCGACCAUGUGGCCGAGGUCCGUGCAGCAGCGCUCUUUGCCUUUGGCACACUCCUGGACGAGAUCGAGGGCGGCGACCCUGUCAUCACCGUCGACGUCGGCACCAACAUUGGCAUUUCGAUCCUGGUGGCGACCUCGGACGCCUCGCAUUUGGUCCGCAACGAGCUCGUGGUGACCCUCUCGCACUACGUGCAGCACUACCACUCCAAGUUUGUCAACUGUGCGCUCGAGAUGAUUGAAGACGAUCGCAAGAGGUUCACUGAGGACGUCCGGAGUCAACCAAACGGCCGGCGCUCGGCCUCGCUGGCGGGCAUCGACUGGCGAUCCACCCAGUCCCAGUUCAAGUCGCCUUCGCACAACAGUAUCUACGGAUGCAUCUGGAAGGUGUUACUGGCCCUUACGGUGGACCCUUUCGAGGGCAUCGCGCGCAAGGCCAUACGCAUCGUCGACCAGAUUCACCUGAAGCUGGCCCGGUCGCAUUCGCUCGAACUGCCCCUCCACGGCCCGGGUGCUGUUUUGGACGGACUUCAAGCCCCGUCUCCGCUGCCGCUCUCGAGAUCGUCGACAAUCUACCAGUCGAGUGCCGCCAAAGAAUCCCGAGCCACGCUCAAGCGCUCCACUUCCUUUGUCCACUAUCUCACCGGCCGAGGCGCCUCUUCCGAGAACCUGCCCGGCGAGCUCAACGGCUCCGCCAAUCUUGCCCAGGGCCCGGCCAGCAGUGGCACUAACCCUCCACCCAGUCCCUGGCUUACGGCCGCGAGCAACCUGCUUGUUGCUGGCGAGCGCCGAUCUCGAGCCGGUGCAGAGACGCCGCCACCGAGCUCGCACAGCCGGCCUGGAUCUCGGGCACCCUCGCCUGUGCCCGGCAGCGGAGCUGAUGCCCUGCGCAACCUUCUGGAGAACCCCAGCUUUGAAAUCGACACGGUGUCUCUGGAGUCCGAGUUCUUUGAAUGGAGCUGCGAGUCCUUUGCCGAGCCGCAGAUUCGCAUGCGGGAGCGAGACGAUGCCGGCAGCGAUAGUUUCAAUGAGCGUCAGUGGCGCAAGCAGCGCAACGACAAGGUUGUUGCAGCCAACCUUCCCUUCUAUGAAACGAGCGGCACGCGCAAGUUUGAAGAGUGUAUCAAGAUGAUAACGACAGAGCAGCCGCCCACGCUGCUCCGCUUCCACCAGUUCGAGCAGCAUCUGGCAUAUGUAGACGAGCGAAAUAUUGUGAGUGUGUACGACUGGGAGGAGAACGUCAAGUUGUCAUCCUUCUCAAACAAGAAUCCGGCUGGAAGUCGGAUCACAUCCCUGCGCUUCAUCAACGAGGAAGAUUACAGCCUGCUGUUUGUGGGAUCAAGCGAGGGUGUGGUGCGAAUCUACCGAAACUACGAAGAGAAGCGCAAGUACGAGCUUGCAACGUCGUGGCGCGCCCUGACAGACUUGUUUCCCGAGUCGAGUGGACCGGGUCUCAUCUCGGACUGGCAGCAGCACACCGGACUGUUGUCGAUCUCGGGCGAAUCCAAGUUCAUCCGUAUCUGGGAUGCCUACCGCGAAACCUGUGUGCGGGACAUUUCAACACAAACGGGCCAGCCGGUGACAUCUCUCGCUAGCAACCGACAGAACCCAUUCCUGGUCAUUGCGGGAUUCAACGACGGCGCCAUCCGUCUCUACGACCGACGUCAGAGUGGCACGGAUUGCCUGGUUCAUACAAUCAGCGACCAUCGACAGCGCAUUCUGUCCACCAUCUUCCACCACCCCAGCGAGCAGCUGAUAUCGGCCUCGGCUUCGGGUGAGGUGAGGCUGUGGGAUCUACGAAGCACUGGUGCCACGGCCGUUCUCGAAGGAGCAGGCGCCAGCGACAUGUCGGCAUUCGCCGUGCAUGAGCAGGCGCCCCUGAUCGUGCGCGGAAGUGCCUCGCAUACAAUGUGCGUCCAGAACAUCGAAGGGCAGAUCCUCAGCCAGAUCCGGUAUCACGAAGGGUACAUCCUGGGACAAAAGCCCGGCGCCAUCAACCACAUUGACUUCCACCCGCACAGCCUUGUGUUUGCUGCUUCUGCGGCUGGAACAAACUCGAUCUCGAUCUACGGAUCCGAGUUGCGAGCCCAGUAGAGCCUCUCUGCCGCCGCCGCCGCCGCCGCCGCCGCUGCUGCUGCUGCUGCUGCUGCUGGAUCAAGGUACACCUCAGUCGCCGCAGAACGACCCAGGUCUGGUCGAACAACACCCACAAGCUGCGGGGCUGACCACCGAUACAAAAAUAUGUCUGGAGGGAGCCGCUGCCGGCUCUGCAUCCAAACGCAGUACCACGGGUCACGGCCCGGCCAAAUGCCACCGUCCGGCCAUCAAUACAGAGUAUCUGAAAUUGGA